GUUGUCGCUGACGCGCCUUCUGCCCUUACGCCGACCAGCGCCGACGCAAUCUCUGGCCGGUCAAGCGCGAAGCAGUCUAACGCGCCAAUAAAUUAUCGCCGCGAUUACAUAAAAAGCCAGAACCUGGUAAGCUUUAGACUAGAACUUAUGAAUUGCUUGCUUUUUGCGCUGGCCCACGUUCCCCGCCGGCGAGCGCCCGCCUGCGCGCACCGCGCCAGGAGCCCUAGAAGGAAGCGACGACCACUAGCCCGAGCUCAAAAGGCAGACACAACGAAAAUGCAUAGCCAUAGUCCUAUGUCUUUGAAUGUAGUGAUCAGAGACUCGUUGGGCACUGUCGUUUGAAAGUUUAGGCUCCACGGUUGGCUCGUUUGCCUAGCGCUUAAGUUCAGCUACCAGCGCCGGCAAUACCUACUUAUUGCUCAGUCGGUAACAGCCACGGCAUAGCAACCUGCCUGGAACGGCGUACGGCGCGUCGACUUUGCGCAUCGCCGUGCCCAUAGGAGUCGCGACUAGCCUCUGGAGUACACAAAAGCAGCGCCGUGCGCUUGCUUGUACUAGGUGAAGCUCGUCAAAGAGCUCAGCGGGCUGAGACGUUGCCCGAGAGUCUCUUCUAGAGCAGGACUACUUGUGAAGGUCUGCGACGUCAGAAGUUGCAGUUGCUUCUUGCAUCUGGUCCGAGGCCAAGGACUAGCCGUUGAACCUGACAAAGUCGGGUUGUCAAUAAGUUGGCAUCAUGGCUUCCCGCGCGUUCAUCACCUUUGCGGUGCUGCUGUUUGCGGGCUCCGCGUUCGCCGGUGAGCUUGGCGUGACCCUGGCUCGCGGCUCGGCCCGUGAGCUGCUGGGGGCGACCCCUCGGUUCCCCUACUGCUCGUGCGAUGUCUACGACUGCGCCUGCUCGCCCUACAAUGUGACCAUGGCGAGCGUAACAAAUGUUGUGGGUGGCAAGCGCUUCUGCUACCAGAUAGGCUACCUGGGCUGCCCCACCAACCGCCCAUGCUGCAAUGCGCUGAAGGCUAACGUCGACAAGAUUGCCUUCACCACUUCGGCUGCCUGCCAGAAGAAGAACGGCGGCGUCACCAGGGUGGAGAUCUCGGGUAACCUGUGGCGCAGCUGGGAGACUCGCGAAUGGGCCCUGGGCAACGGCGACUACGGUUAUGAGCUGCGCAUCUACGACCUGGACGGCACCAACAGCAACAACUUCCCCGGCACCCGCAUCUGCGUCACAACCGGCGCCCAGUGCAACAAGCUGGCCGAGCUGUGCGACAUUGACGGCGGCAACUGCAAGUACUCUCUGGCGGAGUCCUCCAACACCAAGUACUGCCCCAUCUGCCCCGUGCCCCCCACCGCCAAGCCCUCGCCCCCUCCCCCGUCGCCUCCUCCCCCUCCUCCUCCCUCGCCCCCUCCUCCCCCUCCCUCGCCCCCUCCUCCGCCCCCUCCCUCGCCCCCUCCCCCUCCCCCUCCCUCGCCCCCUCCCCCUCCCCCUCCCUCGUGUGCGCUUCGGAUCAUCCCGCCCGCCGUCACGCGCCCGGGCCAGAAGCCCACCUGGGGCAACACCGGUGCAGCCGGCCUGCCCAACUGCCUGGACGUCGCGAACAUCAUGACGGACACGCUGAACAUUGCUGCCGAGGACGCCGACGCGCGUAUGGUGUGGCCCUUCGAGUACCGCGAUUGCAUCACUGAGUACGGCGCCCAGAACCCCAGCGUCGUUGUGUGCGGCACUUUCUUGUCGGCAGAGGACGGCGCGCUGCUGCAGGACGAGAUCAACGACCUGCUGGAGCUCAUUCUGUCGGAGGUCAAGGGCGGCGAGUCUUGCCCGCCCCGUCUGUCGGGCUACACUCUGCUCGCGACAAUCGAGCCCGUGGACGGCUCGCCCGACUGCCUGAGCGGCACCAGCAGCAGCGCCUGCGCCCCCGAGCUCACCCCCGCGCCGCCGCCGCCCGUGCAGCUGGUGCAGACCCACACCUGCCCCCAGUCCACCACCAACGUGCCCUUCAUCCUGGACGCUAUCACCCAGAGCUCCGGCACCGACACCAACGGCAGCCCGGUGCAGGUGUUCUGCACCACGGUCAAGUCGCAGAGCUGCUCCGCGAGCUCGGCCUGCUGCAGGAUGGACUUCGCCAAGGUGGAGCUGAUCGUUAACACCGCCUGCCGCUCCGACCUGCGGUACAUCACCGUCAACGGUGAGAGGCAGGCAUACAGCUGGCAGUUCUACAGCGAGUUUACCUCCCUCAAGUUCACCGGCCUGAGCAAGCUGAGCCCCGUGGCUGGCUCCACGCUGUGCUGGGCGGUGCGCGCGGGCGGCUGUGCCUCCACAUCGUCCUUCUGCUACAAGGGCGUGUGCCAGGCCAACGCCUUCAGCAGCGACAACAAGUGCUGCCCUGCCAACAUCAUCUAAGCGAGCGAUUCUUAGUAUGCGUGUGCUCAAAUCAUACUGUGCCUGUGACAAGUGCGCGUGUCAAUGCGUGUGCGUGUGUCUAUGCCAAAGGGACCCAGCAGGUUACACAAGGGUCCCGAUCAAGAUUUUGGCUUCCUGUGAUACGUGACGAUCAUUGCGUGCGUGCAUAAAGUACAUCGUCUUCACCACGCAGCCGCGGCUUCCGUACUGCGCGCGCGUACAGCCAGAGCUUGUGGUAUUAGUAAUGCCAGGUAUAAAUAUGAAUGUUGCUGUUGGGGGACGUGUUGGCCAGCGGCGCUGCAGACAGCCUUGGCUGUCUGUUGUACGCCAGCUGCAUUGAGCAGGUUGGCUUACUCGCUACGGGUUAUUCGUCACAGGGCGUCGUCAAUGCCUUAUACGCGUUUGGUUGACCGUUGGGCGCGUGAGAGGUACUAUGUGACCGCUGCGCAACUGUGAGUCUUUACGCAUCGCAUCAUUCAUCCACACGCUCAGCUACCAUAUUCUGGUUUUUGGCCCCUUAACGCACGAAUAGGCCCAUGAAAGGCCGCGGCGCGUAUGUAAGGGGCCCGUAGCUGAAACGAGUGUUAGGGAACGCUGUUUGGCGCAGGAGGGCUUUACCUACAGCGGCAACCGCCGCAUUACGUCGACAGUCCUCUAGAGCUGCUAUCUAUUAAACCUACAAAGCCCAAGCUGGCUAUGUCACACUUGUGGAACGUGGUGCAGGAGUACGUUUGCAUUUGUCCCUGCGUCUGUGUGUUUUGGUGGGUCACCGUGUGCAUACGGCACUAAAGGGCGCGUGUGCAGGCCGCGCCCCUGGCUAGCCGUGUCCUAGCCUUUCGUUGCUGACGGUUGUCUGUUGUGCGGGCAUGCGUGAUGUGUGGCGCGGUAAGGUGUGGAGUGGAUGCGGCGCUAAGUGCGCAAGCAUCAGAGGAGUGAGGUGACGCCGUGAGGGUAUUCAUACAUUCUAUGGUGUGAUCCUCCAAGCCACUUGCCGCCAACCGCUAGCUGCACUCAGACAGUUCUCGCUGCUUGUUGUCAUAGGUAGAAUGCGAUCGGGUUGCGUUGACCCGCGUGGUUCUGCGGCCUCGGGUUCUUCCAGACGAUGUCCCCUGCUGAAGACAUACGUGGCUUGUUGCGGGCCAUCGCCUAUUAUGCUGCAUGAAAUGCUGUAAAGCGAGGACUGUUCACUUGUUGUGUCCAGGCACCGAGCCCCUCCAUGGGCCCCUGCACCGGAAAUAGACGGGUGAUACGGCCAACGCUCUUGCGCCAGCAUUCGCCGGUGUGUGUGUGUGUGUGUGGGGGGGGGGGGUUAACGUUGAACCAAUCCCGUAAGGUGGGGGGUAGAGGGGCUCUUGUGCUGGCGCAAGAUUUGACGACGCCUGCUGGCUCUUAGUCACUGCGUCACAGCAUGACAGUGGUGCGUCGAGGGCGUGUGGCCAUCUUGAUAUUGGCGUGAACACAGCUGGCGACUCACAGCCUUACUGUGUCCUAGUCCGACAUAAUGUGCCUGCGCCGGAUCAUAAUCUGUCCGCAAUCCUGCCUGUCCCUGUUUGGCUGUUUCUCGCUCCGGCCGAGCGCCUGCACCUGGAUAUGCAAGCCCUAGGUUACAGGAAGUCAGGAAGGCGGAAGCAGCUCAGUGACAGGGCGUGCAUCUUCAAGGGGCAGGCGCUGGCCCGGACCCUUUCCUCGU